AUGCCGUCGCUAUCGACCAAACCGACCGCCGCAGAGAAGAAGAAGUUCGUGGAAGAUUUCCUCCUGAUCCGCGAAUGCCACGGCAAAUUUGUGAGCUUCAGAACAAAUAUGAUGAACGUUUUGCAAUUUUUUCAGGAUUUCAAAGAACAAAAAGCAAAGUGGUUGGAGUACAAAGAAUGGCUCGAAUCUCCGAUCCUCGAUAAACUGUGGUUUCUGGAAUCGCUUUCGAACAACCAGAAAACGGUUCUUUCCCGUUGUUGGGAAAAAUUCAAAGUGUGGAUUGAUUCGCGUAGCAUAAUCACUUCGGUUUAUAUCAAGUCCGCUUUGCAAGAUUUUAAGGAGACAGGGAAAAACAAGAAACUUUCGGCCCACAAACUCUCGUACACUGCCAAAAUUGGCGAAUUUGUCACACUGGAGCGCCUCGAAUUAAAGUCUAAACAAACCUCAAAAGGUAAAAUUAAAAACGGCGAUAAAAAAUGGAAAUAGAUACUUCAGAAUUCAAAGUCUUCCGAAUGUGGAAUUUUGAGUUUUACGAGAAAAAUGAGGACACGUACUGCAAGAAGUGAGCUGAAAAAAGUAGGCGAAUGCAUUAUAAAGUCUUUUCCAGAUGGGUCGGGGGUCCGAAAUCUGACAAGUUCAAAUGGCCAACUUCGGAAGAACCGGAAAUCCAGAAGCUCGGAGUUGAUGGAAUCAUUCAUGAGACCGGAAGAUUUAUUGCCGAGUUCAUCAAAUCGCACGAGCAUAAUCUGACGGAGACGCUCCAUAUUGACGUCAGUCAUUGGUCUCGCGUUUUUGACCUCCCGAAGUUCCGCUGCAUCAAAAACUUCACGAUCCGACACUGGCGACCGUCGCCGACUCAUUGGUGGAUGUCUCAGAUCGAAACGAUCCGGACGAUCAAAGAAGUGAAUAUUUUGCGCAACCACGACGGCUCGGAGAGAAAUGACGAUAAGUGGAGGGACCGAUUUCCGUUCAAAAACAGCGAAGCGAUGCCGUAUGUGAUGCCGUUUCACGAGAGAAAACUACCAUUUUGGGUGGAAACACUCGAUGAGCAUCCGGUCAGUUUCGAAAAGUAAAAUAAUCAAACAGAACUAGAUUUCAGAUAUUCUGGGCUGGGAAGCUCACAAUUGAGCCAACUGUCGAAAUGAGACUGAAGGACAUCAGUCGAAUGUAUUCCGUCAGCGAACUGAACAUCCACAUCAACGUUCUUCGCCCGAAAGAUCUCAUGGACUUUUUCAAAAUGUGGUCGACUGGACGUAUGGGACAUCGUAUGGAACGUCUCACCAUCAAACUGGAAGAGCCUUUGUUCUCCAAAGACUUCAACGCCGAUGUUUUCGGCGAUGUUAAGUUUACGGAAGUGAACGACAUGAAUGUGUGAGAAGAUUGGUCUCAAAUGCAUCCGCUAGUUUCAUAAUUUCAGUCCCCAAGACAUCAAGCGUGUCAUCGAAGGCUCGAAAGCGUUCGUGAUCUACUACGAGACGACGUUGUCUGGCCCGGCACACAAGCUGGCCAGAACGGAUUCCAACGUCUCCACUUCCGAAUCGGGAAUAUCAGUCACUGGUUCACUGGGAACCAUUGAGGAGGGCCGGGAGCGAACUGAAUCCACUAGUUCAUCUGCAGACGCGAUUCCGGUCACCACAGGCAGAAAACCCGGCGGACGGCUGAUUUCUCAGUCUUCGCUGGAUAGGACGGGAGAGCACCCGUCAACGGAGAGAGAAAUUGACAACCUGUCGACAGGAUCAAGCCGAGUUUGUACUUCCAGCUCUUCUGAAUCUGGUAGAGAUAUCAGAAUUAUUCCGUCGAUCGGCGGAAUGUGCUCUAUUGCGCAAUUCAUUGACGUCGACGAACACUACGAAAUUCACUGGACGGCAGUCCGCAACGUGAACAUGGCCGAGCACUUGCUCAAGCUUCAAGUCUGAAACCCUUCCUCACCCUUUCUUGUGUACAACGAUAUCCUCCGGUGUGCAUUGCUCGUCAAUCCGAGCACUUUUCAUGAUUCUCUAUGCAACCGCACUAACGCGUCUUCUUUGUACCAUACUGUCCCAUUUCAUUACUAUUGAUUCGUUUAUAUAGAUACCUCUCCUUUGUAUAUAUUUUUCAUACCCUUCCAUUUACUCAUUUCACAGUUUUCUGAGAUUGAAUGAACUGAGACAUGUGCAAGAAGCAUGAGCAUCUUAAAAACGAGUUGAUCGAUGGAUUCUGUGAACCUUUUCUAUCGUUCUCUUUCGCGCUUUCCCACCCGGGUGUGAGAACACUGUCGUUGCGCAAUUAUUGCAAGCGCGCUCUAUCGCACUAUAAAACGGAGCGAUGUUCAAAAAAUGGCGCUACGACGAAGUAGAACUCGUACGGAAUGGAACUAUUACGAUUUGGAACUCGCAGUUUUAUUUUAACGUUGCGAGUUUUAAAUCGUAACAGUUCCAUUCCGUGCGAGUUCUUCUUCGUUGUAGCGCCCAAAAAAUCGUAUCACUGUUCAGAAUUUCCUUGUGUCUACACUAUUUAGCAAAUGAGCAGAAGCAUAGAAGACGUGGGAGUGAGCGAGAGUCCCUCGAACUGCACGUAUUGCUACACUUUGGAGUGCUCAUUGAGGAUCGAAUCGACGUCGUCUUCCAAGAAAAAGACUCCGGUUUCUGCAAAAAAUGCAAUUUUGACAGUCGGCAGAAAUGCUCAAAGGUUUUGAGAGUAAACUAAUUUUCUUUUUGCUAUCGAAAUAAAUUCAUUUUAGACAAAUUCUGCUGCAAAUAGAGCUGAAAACGACGUCGAGCGGACAGCCAGCGGCCGUGUGUUACGAUGCGAACGACGCAGUCAUUCAUCUGCAGAACGUGGCAAGCGGGAAGUGCACAGUCGAGAUUCCAUCGAGGUAAACACUUCUGAAAAGAAUCAAAUAGAAUUAAAUUCUGAAAUGUCAGAACGAUAAUGCUCCAAUUAUUCAACUGUGCACCUCGGAAAUUGAAUGUUUUCAUGAAGUCUCUGCAGGCCAAACUGGAUUUGAUGAGAACGGAAACCAAUUUAUCAAAGAAAAAAUCAAUGUGCUCCUAAUUUUAAUUUUCACCUGAAUCGAUACUUUUUCAGACCACCGCAACUCUCUCGUUUACCCGCUGCGUUCAGUGUCCUCAGCCCGUUGACGAUCGGAGAAAUGAGAAAAGUGAAACAGUUAAGAAAGGAAAAAAUAGUACGAAGAAUGGCUAAUUUCUAGUUUUCAGAAUGAGAGAGCCUCUAUCCGUGUCCAGCAAUGGAAAACAGAUUACGACUCCAAAAAGACGGUAGCGUAUCACUUUUCUAUUCGAAACAACAAUUCCUAGACUCCAGGACUUCGUCGACGAUCGCUGGCGGAAUUGAGAAUCGCAUUAUAGCGCGGUCGAUCGGUUUGAAAAGAAUGCAGAGUUUCGCGAGAGAUGACAAAGACAAAAGAGAGGUGGGAAACGAAAUCCCAUCGGGAGCAACUGAACCAUUACAGGCGUUUGCGCCGCUGAAACCAUUGAAAGACUGUCCGUCGGUUGUCGAACGGAUUCACUUGUCGGAGGAGCAGAAGAAUGUUGUGCGCACUGUGAUAAACGUUGGUUUCAAUGACAAUUAUUCGAUAGAAAUGAUUACUUCAGAGCCGGCAAAGUAUAUUCUUCACUGGAUCGGCCGGAACGGGAAAAUCCGUGAUAUUGAAGCGGAUCAUUGAAAUGCUCCCAGCCAAGAGCACAUUUGUCACUGCGGCCACAGGCGUGGCCGCUUCUCAGAUUGGUGGAAUAACUUUGCACGCCUUUUCCGGAUUCCACCACGAGACCAGUUCCGCGGAAUUGUGCUGUCAGCAAGUAAUGCGACAGAACCACAUGGUGCGGCAGUGGAAACAGUGCUCCCAUCUGAUAAUCGACGAGAUCUCGAUGGUCGAUAGUAAUUUCUUUAUGAAAUUGGAGUUGGUGGCCCGGACAGUUCGUAACAGUGACCUUCCGUUCGGAGGAAUUCAGUUGGUCAUCACUGGAGACUUCCUCCAACUUCCACCCGUUUCCAAAGACGAACCAAAGUUUUGCUUUGAGGUUAUCAAAGCUGACGGUCAAAGUUUUUAUAGACUGUAAUGCGUUUUCAGAGUGAAGCGUGGUCCCGAUGCAUUCAAAGAACGAUAUUAUUAAACACAGUCAAGAGACAAGAUGACGACGUUUUUGUAAAGAUUCUCAAUUCAAUAAGAAUCGGAGAGUAAGCGCCGUUUCUCUGUUUGAACACGAGUAAUCAGUAGUUUCAGAUGUGAUUUCACUUCUGCCGAUCUUCUCAGAAAGUCGUCGAAAAAUGUGUUCCCUCCGAACGUGGUCCCAACUCGACUGUGCACGCAUUCAGAGGACGCGGAACGGAUAAAUCAGAGAAAUCUGAAUAGCACACUGGGUGACCGACUAAAAAAGUCAAUUUGAAAUGGUUCGCUUUUCAGGAGACGAAAAAACGUUCCACGCUCACGAUGACGAUAACUUUGAUUCAAACAUCAGAACGUUGGCAGUCAAGAAGCUAAUUUUGAAAGUGGGAAGUCAGGUGAUGCUCACAAAAAACAUCGACGUAAACAAGGGACUGUGCAACGGAUCGAGAGGAUACGUCGAGAAGUUCUCGGAGACCGGCAACCCCGUCGUCCGAUUCGUUUCUCAGAAGGACACGCCCAUUGAGGUUUUCCGCCGAUUCUCCCCACCGAUGUUCCAUUUCGAAUUCAGAUUCUCCGUUCGAAGUUCUCAGUUCGAAUUCCUGGUUCCGAUGUUCCACUCAUUCGGAGACAGCUACCUCUUCAGUUAGCAUGGGCAAUAUCGAUUCACAAAUCACAAGGGCUGACUCUGGAUUGCGCCGAAAUCAGUCUGGAGAAAGUGUUUGCGGACGGACAAGCAUACGUGGCCCUCUCGCGUGCUCGCUCCCUCGCCGCCAUCAGAAUAAUCGGGUUUGACUCUUCGUGUGUACGGGCCAAUCCACGAGUCAUUGACUACUACAAUUCUAUUGGAAACGACGACGAAGAAGACAGCUGUGAGACCGAGUCGACUCGUAAAAUUAAAAAGUUCAAAUCUAUCUAA